AUUUGAUAGGACAGCGGUUUUUAGAAAGUAGCGGCUGACGCAACGCAGUCCCGAGUGGAUGUUUCUAUUUCGCCGUUGUAGCCGAUAGGUCGAGACAAUGAGUAACGGUAGGUCAUGACAGUUUCUAAAGACGCUCAUAUCAUAAUUUAUUUGUCGAAACCUGGCAGUGAUAGGAUACAAUACAAUACACGCGAAGAUGAAAAAUUAAAGGGUUACUGGAAGUGUCCGCCAAACACAAUGACUGAGGGACUGGAGGGGCACCAGAAGGAAUCUCCGAGAUCUGUGCCAUCAAACGGCCAGUCUACCUUGGUGCGAUGGAGCAGCCCUGAUGCCCGCCAAAGCCACCUGACCUGGAGUUGGGCGUCCUCCCUGCGGUCUGUGGACUCGCUGGACGUGCUGGACACGGAGAGGGACUCUGACUCAGAGGAAAGGGAUGGGCAGGAAGGGGCAGCAUCAGGGCAGCCCAGCGCUCCCUGUGAUAGCGAGGAGCCCGAGGGGCAGCGGGAGGAGAUGCAGCUGCAGAGUGGACCGGAGGCGCCUGACGGAGGCUGGGGGUGGGUGGUGUUGGCCUCCACCAUCAUGGUGCUGGCACUCACCCUGGCUUUCCCUUCCUGCAUUGGCAUCUUCUACACAGACCUGCAGACUGAGUUCAACACCACCAACACCGAGACCUCCUGGGUCCCUGCCAUCAUGACCGCUGUGCUGCAUGGAGGAGGCCCGCUGUGCAGUGUCCUGGUCGAGUUGUAUGGGUGUCGCCCGGUGGUCAUGCUCGGGGGGAUCCUUAGCGGCCUGGGCAUGGCGACCAGUUCCUUCGCUCAGUCCAUCACAGAACUGUACCUAACAGCCGGCAUCCUCACAGGUUUGGGAUUCUGUUUUUCCUUUCAGCCGGCCAUAACGAUGAUAGGGCACUACUUUGUGCGGCGGCGCGCGUUCGCCAAUGCUCUGUCGUCCACGGGCACGGCCCUGGGCCUCUGUGUCUUGCCACUCCUGGCCAACUUCCUGCGGGGCUACUACGGCUGGCGCGGCAGCUUCCUGAUCUUCGGCGGGAUCCUGCUGAACUGCUGCGUGUGCGGGGCAGUGCUCCGACCCCUGCGGCCCAGCUCCCAGCGCAGCGGCCGGGGGCAGGAGGACCGCGCCAACGGCUGUCCGCGGCAGGGGAAGCCGGAGGGACUGAAGGUGCGCCUGCGGGCCACACUGUCCGGCCUCAUGGCUUUCCUGCACAGACACAUGGGCUUCGACCUCCUGCGGAGCCAUCCUCGCUACCGGGCGUUCACUCUGAGCGUGGCCUGGAUGAUGCUGGGCUUCACCGUGCCGCUGGUCUACCUGGUGCCCUACGCCACUUCACACGGCAUCACCCAGGACCGUGCCGCCCUGCUCAUGUCCAUCCUGGGUCUGGUCAACCUCUUCGUGCGGCCAGUGGUGGCGCUGGUCUUUGGGCUGCCACGUUUCCGCGGGAGCCCCUACUUUGUGUACAUGUUCGGGAUGGCCAUCUUGGUGAACGGCCUGAGUAACAUUGUGUGCGCCAUGGUGCCCACCUUCCCCGUGCUGCUGACGUUCGUGGUGCUGUUCGGCCUCUCCAUGAGCUUCAUCGGCUCGCUGCUGGUGACCGUGCUGAUGGACACCGUGGACAUCCGGCGCUUCCACUCGGCCCUGGGCCUCAUCUGCUGUAUGGAGAGCAUCACUGUGCUGAUGGGCCCACCACUCGCAGGUCUGCUGAUGGACAGGACUGGCCAUUACACGUACGUCUUCUACGCCUGCAGUGUGAACGUGGCCUCAGCUGGCCUGUUCCUCAUGGGCUCCUUCUACUACCUGGACCGGCAGCGGAACCGGGAAGCCCGGAGCUGCACCCCGCCCGCCCAGGAACACCCGCUGAGACCUGUCAUCUCCCUCUCCACCUCCGAUGUGGCCUACAGCCAAGUGCCCUUACAGACAGAACAGGAUGAGAAGCCCGCUGAUGUGAACGUCUCAGAUGUUUAAACAGUGUGAAUGGCCGUAUACUGCAUCUAUUUAACAGAAUGUCUCCUGUUGCAUUAUGUUUUAUUUUUUGCUUUUUUAUUUGUGAUGCGAUCUAGGAAAACACACCACAUGGUGCAGUUUUACCAACUUAUGAUUCUGAUACCAUCCUAGCAACAUCCAAGAUUUUAGGAGGAUGGUAUCCUGGAUUUUGUUAGGAGACAGUGUCCAGAAUGUUGCUAGGAUGGUAUCAGAAUCUUAACUUGGUGAAAUUUCACCAGAGAGGGUAAAAAGGGAGCAAAAAUCAAGGAUUUUUGAGUGCACCAUGUGGUGGGUUUUCCUAGAUCGCAUCACAUUUUAUGACUCCAGAGCAGAAACACACAUAGAACAACUGACUGAAAAUGACCUGUUCAUGUUCCACUUUGUUUUCCCUGUCCAGUCUGUCAUCGUUGCUUCCUCUAUGUCUCCACGGUUUUUCAUGGUGUUUUGUCUUGAGAGAUGCAGAAGGGGGCUCACUUAGUCUUAGUUUCACAGACUGUUGAAAUGUUAAAUGCUGUACAAUGUGAAAAUGCAUUUUCAACUAGAUUACUAGACUACUAUAACUUUAUUACACUGUAAUAGAAUUGAUCAAGAAAUGGCUUCUUGGUGUGUUUUUACAUUUGUGGUAAAUAACAAAUGUGGAAUGCACUCAGGCCUGUGAUUUAUUGAGCUUUUGUUAUUGAAAACCCUAAAUUAUAAAUAUCAUUUUUAUUAGAUUUCAACUGCCAUUGUUACAGCUAAAAAAUAUUUUAAUGAAUCAAAGUAUACAUAAUCAUAUAAAUCAAAAUCACUGGCCAGUUUCAGUUUGUAUGAAUAGAGUGCACCAUGAGCAUGAUGCUCUAACAUGUUUACAAUGAUGUUUCUGGGCACAAAGAUUUUAUAUUUUGAGAAAAUUUAAACAAGUUCUCCUUUUGAAGGACUUGAACUGGAAUGUUGCUGAGGGACACCAAAUAUUUUCUAUUGUCUACCUGAGUGUUAUUGCCUUAUUUUUUUUUAGAUUUUAUCAGAUAAACGUACAGAUGAAAUGUAUGUGAUUUAUGGUUUCUAUGGGAUUUGGAAUAGCAAGUAUUUGAUAGACUUAUUUUAAAAAUAAAAAAUAUCAACAUGA